AUGGAAAAGGCCCCCAGUCAAGGCUCGCUCGUGCGGAGGUACUCUGAACAUUCCGUCGGAAGUGCCGAUUCGUUCUCGGUCUCGAGGGACGGCUGCCGGCUGGGCUUCGAUCCGGCGUUCGGGGAUCUAGCCCCCGGACGAUCGAUAACAAUCAAGGUGACCUGCGAGGCAGGAAGACUACCCGAGAGAUUCAGGACCGCCGCCAGAGCUCUGCUCCAGAGCCGCGACGGCCGGGGCGUCUCCUUCGGAAGCGAGUACGUCGCCGUCCGAGCAGAGAUCCAGGAGCCGACGGUGUACAUCAGCACGGCCGAGGUUAACUUGGAGACGGCAUACCUAGGGGUAUCUCUAACUCGCCGCGUGAAGAUGGUUAACCUCAGCAAUUUGGAGGCGAAAUACAGAUGGGAACGGCCUGGCGGCGCAGCGGCGUCGUUUGAUCUCAACUUGGACCAACCAAACGGUGUUCUCCGGGGAAAGGAGGUGCGGGAGGUGGAGCUGCGCUACACCGCGAGACAAUCUGGACCGGUCGAAGAAGUGUACGCUUGCCGAGUCUUCGGCAUGGCCGCCCCGCUCGGCUUCGCCAUCUCCGCCAAGAAUAGAGGCCCUACCCUGAGCUUCGGGCUGGUGGAGACCGGCGGGCGCCCUCCGAGACCGCUCCAGCGGCCGCAUCUCCCGCAGUAUGUCGGGGAGGAGCCUCUGCCGGAGGCGGAACCCGCGCCCUCCCUGGAGUUCGGGAAGGUUGACCUCCGGGGAAGGAAGACCCUGACGGUGUUCGUGCAGAACCUGUCGGCGAUCUCGACCCCGUUCUCCGCUAAGGUUCGCAAGUACAGCUGUACGCCCUGCCCGCCGAGGCUCAAGAUCUCCAACAUGAGCUACUCGGCGCUGCAGAGGGUGGUCUCCAACCCGAGAGCCCUCGGAGCGUACCUGGACGACGAUGCUGCCGCCGCCGACGAGCCGGACGGAGAAGAGGGUCGGCGCACGCCAGGAGCAACAGCAGCAGCAGACAAUGCAGGAAUGAGAGGAAAUCGAGGCGGGGUUUCAGGACCGGGAAACGACCGGUUCCAGUCCCGGUCCAGACCCCCAGACAAUGGAAAAGAAAACUCUCGCGACCAGACCGCGAACCUGGAAACAUCGGCAUCUCCUUCCUUCGGCACCAAGAAGAAGGGGAAAUCGAAGCUGGUGCUAGGAACGGAGCACGAAGCAACGGAAGCGUUUUUCUCGGCCGGAGGUCGGGCCAGGACCAAGGCUCAGAUCGAUCAGAGAGAAGACUGUUUCGCGCUGAAAGAGGGCCUCGGGGCGGCCUUCCUCGUGGAGCCUUCGUCUGGGACCCUUGCGCCGUGGGGCGUGGCCACGGUAGCGGUGACGGUGUUCAACGACACCCCCGGGAGAUACACGGACAAAAUGGACAUCACUUUAACGGGUGCACCAACAGCGUCUUUGCCGAUGAAAGUCGUUGUGGAGGGGUCCCCAUUGUCGCUUAAGAGGGAGGCACUGGGACUCGACAUGUCGGGACCCGAACCCUUGCUGAACUUCGGGGAGGUGUUCGUGCAUGGAGGGAAGACGUUCCGGAUCAUCAAGGUCAAGAAUGAGGGAACACUGCCGGCGAUGCUAACGUGGGGUAUGCAGGACGCCAAUAUCGACGCCAAGGAAGCCGCGAAAAAGGUCGACGUCUGCCUCAAGAUCGUACCUAGUGCCGACGGAGGCGGAUGGUUGGCUGACGUUUCCGUGAGCUACCGUCCGCCCAAGCCUUUCCAGAGCCCCUUCGUGGUGCAGCCAAGGCAGGGCGUGGUGGAGCCUAGGUCUGACGGAGCUUUCAAGGUGCUCCUGCCCCAGCACGAAAAGGGAGAGAUGUCGGCGAGACUUGUAGCAGACGCGUACUGGAUGCCGGUACCGUUGCCUUCGGACGGCUCCUCUGCCUCACCCUGCGGGAAUUCAGCUAUUUCCAGCCUCAAGCCUACCAAAUCCAAGUCCAAAGACGUUGCUCCUGCGGCUGCUGCCGACCUCCCGCGCACGGUGGAGGGGGGGUCCUACGGACCGGAAAAUGGGGACCCCUCUAUGUCUCCCCUCUCGCAGGGUGGGAAACCCGACCGAAAUCCAUGCUCCGACCCCGUCGCCGUCGGAAAAGAGGGUCUCACCGGAAACGAGCGAACCCCGAAGCUGGUCGCGUCCGGAUUCCCUCUGGGGAAUGGCGCAGCUGUCGCAACCAUUCCGGAGAGCGGCAGCGACAAGCCCGCGGCGGGCAACCGCGUUUCUCCGGCGCAUGGCGGCGGUGCUUCCCUGAGCACCUCUUCGACGAGCACGACGAUGACGCCCGCUGCCGGCGGCGACGAAAAAGGAACAGGGGGUAGCGACUGUGGCGGCAGCGGCGGCGGUAGUGCCGCCGGGCGUUCGUCCAACUCAAUGGCAGCCGCGGCCACGGUGCAGCUCGCCGCAAGGACGCUCGUGAGCAACACGAUCAACCGGAAGCACGGGAGGACCACCAACGGGGCCGUCGUGCUCAAGGCCACCGCCUGGGGGAUCGAGCCCCGCCUCGCCCUCGACAAGAAGACGCACGCCUCCCUCCAGCACGACGUUGGCGGCGGUGGUGGUGCUUCGUCUGCCGGUGUUGCGGCCAGGACUGGGCUAGACGUCGGAGCCACGGGUGCUACUCGUGAUGGUGCCGGCGGUGGAGGGGCAGGAGGAGGGGGGCAACAGUUCCUCAAGUUUGAAUCCUGGUCAACGAGAGCAUCGGCAGCGUCUUCGCCCUGGGCAGCUCACCCGUCCAUGCGGCGACAGAUAAGUCUGAGCAACCCGCUCACGAUACCGGUGUCCUUUCGAGUGGAAACCAGCGGCCCAUUCGUCAUCAACCGCUGCCCCCCCAAGAAGCGCCUCAACAGCGGCAAGACCUCCUUCGAAACACAACUCAGCGGCGGUGGAGGCGGCGGCGACGACGCCAGAUGCCAGGGAAGACGACGACAACAGUCACAACUCGCCGACAACCAUAACCAAGCGAUGAGAUCCCCUAAACGCAGGAGAGCCGGCGAUGGCGCUAGCUGCGCGAACAGAGGUCAAAGAACGGCAUCGGUGAUGGACACACAAGAUCACAACCAACACCAAAAGCAGCACCGCCCAGAGCGCCAACAUCGGCGAACUAACGAUCUGAUUUCGCUGCUGCCGGGGCAGAACCGUCAGCUGGAGGUGGUGUUUUUACCUUUGAGGGCGUCGGCGAAGAUGCUGGAAUGCCUCAAGUCGUCUUUUUCUCCUGGUACAGAGGGCAUCCCACGGCUGGUGCUAAGAACGACGGGCGAGCUUACCAUCGCAUUCUGCACUGGACACGUGCAGAGGAUCUUUCUGAGGGGCGAAGUGUUGCGACCGAUGAUCACCGUGGCACCGGCGACGCACUCUUUCGGGACCAUCCACACCGAAAGAAGGGGAAACGCUACCCUAUUCCUAGGAAAUCCCACCUUCGCCGACGCAGAGUGGUCGUUGGUCCACAUCCCUGCCCCUCCCCCGAAAAAGCGCCUUAUCCACAGCAACAACGCCGACAAGGCCACCGCCACCGGAACCACACCUACAAGCAACCCUGCGAGGGCAGCAUCAGGGGCUUACGUCAAAGGGAGGCAUACCGGGAAACCGGGGGGCACGGACGGGAGCGGCAGCAGCGGCUGCAGUUCGGUAGCGGGGCUAUUCAAUCCGUUGGUGGUCGACGACCCUUCCGUGUUCGUGUUCGGCGAGGAGGGAGGGGUCCUGACAGGAGUCAAGCUGCCGCUGAAGUCCUCAGCGGCGUGCCUGCCCGAGGACUGGAACCGCUUCGAGAACGCAUGCUGGCCACAGCAGCCUUCACGGGUCACCUGGGGAGGCGUGAUCGACUGCUGCUCCGUUCACUACCCGGCUCAAGAACUGGGCCGCCGUUCCUGUCAGAACCACCCCUACGGCCCGCCACCACAAGGGAGCUUCCACUCCCAAAGACGAGAACUCCCCAAUACUUUGUCGCCGGCGGGGACAGGGGCACGUCCAGCCAUGUCUGCCGCUGUCGUCUGGCGAAAUGAGCCGCACGGGCAGCGCCAGGUGGUCGGGCCCACACUCAAGCUCGAAACUUUCCUCACGCGGAAGGAGGAAACUACGGAGGGGUACAGAGCACCGCGACCACUAGAGGUCGUAUUUGCGCCGAAGCACAAUGUCUUGUACCGCAGCCGCUUCCGGCUUACUGUAAAAGGGGGUGAAAGUGCAGAGGUCGUCCUGGAAGGAUGCGGGACCUACAGGGAAGAUUCCAGGCCCGGGAAGUUACCGCGAGUGUGA